CGCAGCGAGAACGGGCAGCAACAACAGCAACCACGACGACAACGACGACAAUUAGGCACAAGAGUUAAAAGAAGAAGAAAAACAAUAUGGCCAGAGGAGGCCUCACGAAAGACGGCACCGUCUCGAAAAAGGGAGCCGUUUCGCCACAACCCCUGAGGUCCCAACCAACUCGCCGUGGCGAAGCUCUCACACCACCAGUUGAAACCCGAGACGGGGUCGGCGCCUCCGACCACCCACCACUGAGACCAAGUAGUCGCCGCAUCUCGAACAGACCCGGCCGCGAGUCGCCGCAACAGGCUGCUUCGCCUGCGAGCAAGCCGUACUCACAGGCGCCCGCGCAGUCUUCGCCCAAGGCGACGGGAGGAACGGGCUCGCCGAAGGCCAGAGGCCCUCAGGCGGCGAAACUCGGCGCUUCGCCCGAAGACACCAGCUUCGCUCGGGCGCCGUCCGCGUCACCCAAGCCACGCGCCUCGCUGAAAUCUGGUGCAUCACCGAAGCUCGUCGGCUCUCCAGCGGCCACCAUUUCACCGCAGCGGAGUGGCUCUCUGUCACCAGCGAUGUCGCCACCGAAGCUUGCCACUCCCGCGACGGCUGGGCCAUCGCCAAAACCCAGCGCUGCUCCGGCACCUACCGUCUCGCCACUUCCAGGGCACAAAAGCGGCGUGGCAGAAGGCAAAGAAACCCCUUUGAAAAAACACUAUACGAAGCAUUCCGUGCCCUCUGUAAACCUGACGCGAAUACCAAAGAACGCCUGUGAGGAUAGCGUUGUGCUCUUCAACGAAGAAAAAUCAAGGUGACGACAAAACGAUAACGCGAAGGACGACCUUUAUGCUUCAAGUACAACUUGUUUUGACAGUGCGACGUCCACUGCUGACGUACAGCUUCGGUCAUCAGCUCGGCUACAAAGGCCAUCGCCCACUAAAUGAUCCAGCAUUGAAAUAACAUUUAUCUGGCGCUCGGAAAUAACACGCUCAACUCUUAUCAGGCUUAGCAUAUAUCAGUUAAUUGUGAUGUUACAGGGUCCUCAGUACAAAUCCGUCAUCACUCCUGGACUCAAUACCAGAUUGGAAGGGAGGACCAUGACAUCGGAAAGGAAUGCCAACGCUAAUGCCACUGAGCGUACUAAUCGUAUUUUCAACGACAUGGUGCGCAGCGGUUUAGAGUUGGUGUCGUAACCCGCAGACGAACGUUGAUCAGUUAAAAUCCACUGUGAUGAAUAAGGAAGAAAAAGACCAGUGCAAUAGGCAUACGAGUUCCUUUAUGAAGCGUGAAUAAUCACGAAAAAAAACGGCAUGAAGAACCGCGACAGAGAGAUCGAUAAUGUAGUCAUUGAAUAUCGUGUAAUUCGUAUUGCCAAUAACAUGACUAUGAACGCUUACCUGACAAUGAGCGCUUACACAAAGCAUGUGUCAUUGGCUUUGAAAAAAUCUUUUCCGCAGUGUUUCGAACACUGCAGAAGCAAAGCCACAUUAGUGAUCUACACAUCACUCGUGCGUCCAUUCUUUGAAUCAGUCGAUGUUUUCUUGCGAACAGGCACACAAGCAGACGUCAACUGCCGUCAAAUGCUUCAAACUGAAACACUCAGAUUGCGUUUGCAGCGCGUUCUCAGACUGACAUUCUGUGACUGUCAUUCUGUGACAGACCGCAUGACUGUUCAAACUUCAAUUUUCAAGGAAUACAGCAAGCUGCAAGUUUAAAUUAUGCACUUUCAAAGAGUGCGUAAGGAAGCCGAAAUUUAAUCUGACAGCUGCGCAGAAUAUAAAAAAAUUAUGUAAGCCGGUAUGAGGCUUAAGAGCCAUAUUUUGAGGCCCCAGUCAAAAAGGAAACGUGUACCGGUUUCCAUUUCCUUUUUCAUGAAAUAUAGCCUACAGAUAUUUUCCUCCCCGUGACUUGAUUUGCAUAUCAUUCGCAUAAUAUUUCUUGUAUCUGUCUCGAAACACUUCCAAUGUCG